CUAGCGAAGGCUUGGGUAAAUCUAUUGUCUCUCAUGUGUAAAGACCUUGAAUAAGUGUUUUUGAGCAUUGAGAUUUUCUGAAGCAGAAUAAUGUGUGAAAUGCAACUUGUCGGGAGUCUCACUUUCCUUGCCUGCCUAAUAAUGUUGGAAUGCAAACGGUCACUCUUCGGACAUCAUUGGAACAUAAAACAGUUUGUAAAUACGACUGCACCAGUAUGGACGUACCUCACAAGUGAAAUGACAAAUAUUGAAUGUAAAGUAGAUGUAUAUGUACUUCUGACUGUCGAAUCUGUCGAAUUCCUACGGUCGUACUACCGGAGCGAGGAAAAGUUUAGUUACAGACUUUUGGCUAAAUUUGACUCCCUACGAAAGAAGCGCAUGAUCAUCAGCUCUCCAGGUGGCACCCUUAAGCAGACAGAAGAUAUUGUCUAUAUAUCUAGGGACCUCGCAUGUGCAGUCGUGAAAAUAACUACGCCUACCAACGGUUUAAAAAAGACGUACGAUCUUCGCAUUCGGGAUAGCGCCAUUCAAGUGCGCCCCCAGAGCAAAUGUAUGGAACAUUUUAGGUGGAAAGCGGGUCGGCAAGGACACUUGCUAUAUAGGGACUAUUGCCGUAGCUUGCCGCGAACCUAGAGAAACUAAUUUCUCUUAUUACAGGGACAGGAAGUCUGCACUUCUGACCUACGAAAAAAAAAAAGCCGCAGUGACGGACAUAUGCCCCGUUAAAGCGACGAAGCUAUGCAGAAAAGUGCAGAUAAUACCAGUAGUGGCCAGGAACUUGGAAAACGUGAGCGUUCAGAUCAUUCAGUAUGCGCAACACUUGUUCGAGACGUCUGUUGUUUCCAUAAAUGAAGUUGUCUGUUUCCUUGUAUGUUCCAGUUUAUAAAUGAAAGCUUGUGUACUGUACGUGGAUAUGUUUCUAGGUAAUAAAUGAGUCAAGAAA